AUGCCCAAUGCCAAUAUCAAUCCAGCCGAGGAGCAACACCAAUCCCAUCAGGAGCAUUUCUACGAUCGAAUCCAUCUGCCUCAAUUCCAUCGUCCAACCAAGGAAGAACUUCUCGCCGCUGCGACUGGGUUUUGGUCAAGAAUGAAGGUCCGCUUCAAGUGGCUGACAAUUAAGAGCACUCGCCCUUUCAAUAUGGACGAGAUUGUCGGCUUCAUUUCCUGGAUUGCUCUGGGUCACGUUAUCUGGAUUGUUAUCGGAACCACCACGUUUGUUUCACUUGCUAUUCUCGCCAUCAACACUGUGUUCGCACAAGAGACAUUAGCUGGCUGGAUCGGUAACUACUUGACCAAAUCGUCCGGGCUCCAAGUUGUUUUUGAAUCUGCUAUUGUCCCGAAAUGGGGUGAUGGAGUCAUUACGUUUAGAAACGUCUACGUGUCGAGGAGACCGGGGCAGCGGAAAUCGAAGGUGAAGAAGGGCUCACCAGAAGCUGCAGCACAGGCUGUCUCCGCCGAAGAACCAAUACCUCCCGAAGAGCAAAAUUACACCCAGUUCGACAUAACCAUUGGGGAGAUAAAUGUGACGCUUUCAUUCAACAAGUGGUGGAAUUCGAAAGGUCCAUUGCAAAAUGUCGAGGUUAAACAUGUCAGAGGUGUCGUUGAUCGAAAGCAUGUAUUCUGGACUGGUGAAGAACUCGACCCCAAGUCAUAUCGCCAUGAACACGAACCUGGAGAUUUCGAGAUUGAGUCUUUUAAGAUUGAAGAUUUACUUGUCACAGUUCUUCAACCGCAGGAUUUUAGACCAUUUCCUGUCAGUAUAUACCAUGCGGACCUACCACGCCUCCGGAAGCAGUGGCUCUUCUACGACUUUCUGUCGGCCAAUAGCAUGACAGGAGAAUUUGAUCGUUCUCUAUUUACCAUCCAUCCGCGUCAAACCCACUCAUAUACUGGUGCUCAACUCAAUGAUCCUGAGGACCCCUCCAAUGAGCCCUGGAAAAAGCAGUCCCGGAUUCGUGUCGACGCCCUGAAUAUUGACCAUCUCAACAGGGGUGCCGUUGGCCCUCUUUCCUGGAUCCACGAAGGCAACGUUGACAUCGUCGCCGACAUCAUGAUUCCCAGCGACAACGAAGACUCAGUAAUCAAAGUCAUGACAGAUUUCUAUGAACGACUAGAAGAGACUCUGACAUCUAAGAAACACCUGGAGCAACUCCGAGAAGAUAUGUCCAGUAUUACUCCUUACGCUGGCAGCGAUAUACCGGCACCACAGCCCUUAUUGCUGGCGGCAAAAGACGAAGAUAAAAGGUUUCUCGUGAUGGAUCUUCGAAUCCAUCUGAAUGAUGUCCGUGCAGUCGUUCCUCUUUUCACAAGCGACCUGAGCUACGUCAAUAACGCACUCAUUCGUCCCAUUGUCGCAUAUAUCAAUUCUCGGCGUACAUUUAUUCCAAUCAACUGCCGCGUUGUGAAGCGUCAAUCAGAUUUCGAUGGUAGCUGGACGCUCUUUGAUUCAGGUCUUCUAGACGACUUAUCAGCUGAGGUCUACGAUGCUUUUGCGAGAGAUGUCACAGAUGAGCAAGCGCGCAUGAGACGGUUCAAAAAGGUUGGCUUAUGGAGCCUGCAACUGGCGGCGCAGGCUAUCUUCCUGGUGAGUUCCAUGUUGCACCUUCCAGUUUGA